AAGAUCAAAAUUCAAGACCAAAACAUAAACAACGAGAAAGGCGAGAGACCACUUCAACCUGCGUCUUCCUGAAGAGGUGUGGACAACUACCCCGCCUGUGAUCACCUCACAGGCCUCCACCAGGGCUCAUAGGAUCUGCGGGAUAGUCGAAGCCCGAAAACAACAACAACACCUCUGGAGAGUGGAGGGCUUCCGGUUGCAAUAUCAUCCUCCCCUGUCAUUCUGAGCCACCGCAAGAAUCGCAAUCUAUGGCCUGGUGGUGGUCAGCCACUACUCAGUCACAAGCCAAACACUUCACCCUGUCAGUCAGCCUUGUGUGGUGUGAGAUGCCAUUUCAAGUAGCAGGGGCAGCUGAGGUCUUAAGGGCAACACAGAAAGAUGAAAAUUUCCUGGAUUAUUUGAAGAGUUGCAUCUCAGAAAUUGUACAAAGAACAGCUGGUACAAGAGUAUGGCUUGAUAUUCACAAAAAUGCAGAAGUCAUAUGUGAACUUGUCUACUAUGGCCUCACCACCCUGUGUGUCCGCCAGACUCUGGGAGAAGAGUACACUGGUAUUUUACAGGUGGAUUCAAGUAGAAGGAAAUUGCCGAGUUUAUUGCAACGGGUAACUAUGGUGGUGCUGCAGUGCUUCGGGCCAGAGAUUAUUAGAAGAUUGCUAACAAAAUUUGAAGAGUCAAUCAAAACUGGGAGUCUCUCAACUUAUCUCCGCCCAGAACUCAAGAACAUCCUACUAAAGCAAAUACCAGUACUUAGAUACUCUAUCACUAUACUACAUCGCAUUCACCUGGCAACAUUUUACUUGAAUGGAUCCUUUUAUCACAUAUCUAAGAGGAUUACUGGGAUAAAUUAUGUGUUGACCCGGGAGUGGCUUGGCGACAGCUCUGCUGGCAAGUCAUUCAGGAUUCUGGGAAUAGUCUUGCUGGCACACAUCCUUCUGACAGUGUCGUAUUCAUCUUACUCGUACUUCUUCACCAAGUCAGCACAGGAAAGCACUCCACCCUCAGCAAAGUGCUACGUGGAGCACUGGAAGCAGUGCUCUCUGUGCCUGGAUGAACGCAGGCACUCCUCCAUCACUCCAUGUGGACAUUUGUUUUGUUGGCAGUGUAUUCAUGAGUGUCUGCAGAGUAACCAGAGUUGUCCAAUCUGCAGACAUCCAUCAUUACCUUCUCAAGUUGUUCCUCUUCUCAAUUAUGAUUAGAUGAGAAAAUUUGAUCACAGGUCAUGAGUAUUUCCAUGCUGAAUUAAGUAUUAAGAAAUUCUUGUAAUUUUAUAGCUGUGUAGAUAGAUUUAUACUGUAUAGUGAUGAGGUAUACUGGAUUAUAGCAAGAAAAGCUGGAAGUUUGGAUGGUUGUGCUAUAGAAUGUUUAUUAAGGAUUGAGUGUUGUUGAGUGGUUAGUCCAUCUAUCUACAUAUGCCAGUGCUUGGUUGACAUUAAUGACUUGGUUACUGAUUGUAUUCCAUUCAUCUGCCAUUAUUUGUGAACCAAUCUUUUUCUAUCUUUUCUUCAGCUUUGGUUUUUCAAGCUUUUCUUUCAUCCUGAUCUUGAGGGAUUUUACUUAUGUCAUUAAUGAUGUAAGCCCUCCACCAAAGACUGCAAUCAGGUCUCCUCUUAACCUUUACCUCUAUAAGGAAUGUGAAGUUUACAAUGAACACAACAAGAAAGAUGUGCCAAGGAAUGAAUACAUUAUUUAGGUGUAGAUGACCCACUAUUGUCAAAGAUCCAUGUCAUCCAUAGGGAUAAUUUGGACUCAAUGCAAAGACAAAAUUGUACAAGCUAAGAAUACUUUUUUGGUGUGCUUAGAAGUGGUUGAAAUAUGCUCAAUCCCAAAUUGUUUCAAAAACUAUAUAUAGAGAGGUGGAUCAUGUAAGAACUGAACAAAGUGCCAAGGAUAAGUUUUUAAAGAGUGUUAGAUGAGUGAGCAGACCAGGCAGUGUUGUGAUUGUUUGGCCAUGUGAUUGUUAUACUGUACCAAGAUCAGUUAAUGAAGAUAACUGGGUCUGGUGUGAGAAUUAUACAUGUGCAAGAGGAAUAUUUGAUAAGCAAGAAAGAGUUGGUGCAUGUGAUGGAUGAAUCGGAGGAUUGUAAAUGGCAUGCAGCAUCUUAAGCCUGUACAGGAGUUCAUCUGCAUGUGGUCCAAUCUGCUGGUAAAGUCAAGUACAUGGAAGUGAUGUGUUUGUCACAGUAACACAGUGAUGAGCCAAGCCUUAUGUCAUGCCCUGAUGGGAAGAUUGCAUGUUACUCUAUACAAAUUACUCUCAUGCAGUGUAGAGCAGUGUGGACAUUGGAUAGUGAAGCUAAGAGAAAUGCCAAUGAAUGUGAAUGUCUUGUCUCAGAGUAGCCAGUAGUGUUUAAGAAGGGAAUAUAUUUUUAUGAUAUAUACAUAAUUGUGUACAUAUGGAUGGAACACUUUUAUAUAUAUAUAUAUAUAUAUAUAUAUAUAUAUAUAUAUAUAUAUAUAUAUAUAUAUAUAUAUAUAUAUAUAUAUAUAUAUAUGGAUGGAAGGUAGUCACAAUUAUAUGUGAGUGUAAAUGAUAUAUGAUUGUCAAAAUUACAUAUAGGUGUAAGAGUUUUGUGAUAAGGCAGUGCAGGUAACAAAAUCUACUGCAGCAGAGAAGAGUAAUGCAUUGUGGGAUUCAUUUUGCCAAACAUUGGUUUUGUAGUGCUGAUUUUAUCUGACUUGCCAACUACCACACUAGGAAAAAAAAAGUUGCAGUGGCACAUGACAAGUCAGUUGUUACCAAACACAUGAUAACCACCAGCCUUUUCUAGUCACUGAUGGAUGCUGAGCAUGUGAAGUCUUAUUGAGGAUGACACGGUUAACAUGUCAGAGAACAUUAUAACACUCAUGUUAUGUUAGGUUAGGCAUCAUCACAAUCAUAGCACCACUUGCUGAAACAAUAUUCAUUACCAAUCUGUAAGUACUGCUCUCUCUCUCUCUCUCUCUCUCUCUCUCUCUCUCUCUCUCUCUCUCUCUCUCUCUCUCUCUCUCUCUCUCUCUCUCUCUCUCUCUCUCUCUCUCUCUCUCUCUCUCUCUCUCCAUGGUUACAUUAUUAUGCAGAGCAGUGCACUUUCUAGUUGACAAUGCUUUUCCUAGUGAAAUCUGGACCAGGGUAAACUCUAGUCUUAAAGCAUUGUAUGUUAUGUUGGGUGUGAUAACAAGUAUACAACCACCCAUGCCUUGCUGAAACAGUAUUCAUUAGGAUUACUAAUAUGUAUGUACAGCAUCUUCUAAAGAGGAAGUAUGAAAGGCUUAUUCCACAUGAAAGAAAUAUAUACGAAGAAAGUAGAAAUAA